AUGGACGUCCUCUUCUCGCUCCCCAUAUUCGGGUACCUGCUCGGCCCGGCCCUCUCCUCGUGGUCCACCUCCCUCAACCUCCUCUUCUUCUACAUGACCUGGUCCACCCUCGUGCUCUCGCAGCCGCCCAUCGUCGUCCACAUCUUCGGCAUCCUCGCCAUCCGAAUAGUCUUCUUCCUGAUCCCCUCGCUCGCCACGCUCUUCUUCGACGUCUCGCUGCCCAGCCUCGCAGAGGGCAUCAAGCACGGCGGGCGCUCCGCCCUGCCUCCCCGCGAUGCCGCCGCGCUCGCCAAGCUGCUCGGCCUGGUGCUCUUAAAUGUCUCCAUCAUAACCGCCAUUGAAGGGGUCCUGAGCUUUGUCUUCAUGCUCAUCUUCAACGAGCCCGUGUUCAAAACAACGACCACGCUGCCGCUGCCGUGGGGCAUCGCCAAACACGUCCUCAUUCUACUUUCGGCGCGCGAAACGCUCCUCUACUACAUCCACCGCUUCGUCCUGCACGGCAAAUCGUACCGCUGGCUGUCCAAGCGCCACCAGGCCUACGCGCACGCCAAGGCCGGCGCGCCCUUCAGCCUCCGCCUCAUGGCCGACCACCCGCUUCCGCUGCUCUUCUACCGCUUCCUCCCGCUCUAUCUCUCCGCCAUCGUUAUACGCCCACACAUCCUCACCUACUUCUUCGUCCUCACCAUCUGCACCCUUGAAGAAACUCUCGCCAUGUCGGGCUACACCGUCGUUCCGGGCAUCAUCAUGGGCGGCAUCGUGCAGCGCUCGGCGAUCCACUACGCGAGCAAGGGCACGUCGAAUUACGGCUCGUGGGGCAUCUUGGACUGGGUCAACGGGACGAGUAAGGGGAGGGAUGUGCUGGAGGAUGUGAAGAGGGAGGCGGAGAAGCAUCACGUCAAGGAGCGGUCGUCUAAGAAGAUUGAUCAGGGGAUGAGUGCGGUGAGGGAGGGGGUUAAGACAAGGAGGAGCAGUAGGAAGAAGGCGUCGCAGUGA